UUCUUUUAUUUCGUGGUCUGUAGUGAAGCAGACAACUUAGUGAGAUCAGCAAAGAAAAGUGAAAUAGGGAACUGUAAGCGGCUGGAAGUGACAGAUUCUUGAACACAAAGCCAAAUAAAAUGGAGGAUUCGAAUUUGGGUGAAACUUUAAAACCUUAUUUAUCUGCUAUGAGAGUACCGAAGCCUGGAGAUAAAGUCUUCAAGGAUGAAUGUUUGCUUUCCUUUGACACGCCGGAAUCUGAGACUGGCUUAUAUGUGUGCUUAAACACGUUUCUGGGUUAUGGUCGUGAUUAUGUUGAUCACCAUGUAAAGAAAACUGGAAACAAAAUUUUCCUUCACCUGAGGAAAAUCAAAAAGUUGUUGCCACAAGAGAAAAGUGAAUUAGAACCUGAAAAGAAAAUAACUAGGUUGGCUAUUGGUAUAGAAGGGGGUUUUCCCAUGGAAAGUACCACAAAGUUUGAAUAUGAAGAAAAACAUUCUGUUGCCAUAUAUCCUGGCCCAAUUGAAAUCCCACUUCCACACCCUAAUCUACCACUUGAGCUGGAGAAUAGUAUUCAAGGAAUUCUAGCUGCACCAAGUGCUAGACAUUUAGAAGAAUUGUCAGCUCUUGAAUCAACUUGGGAUGGAGAAAACAGACAGGUUUCCAAAUUUGCCGCAAAUCUGGAGCAAUUACACAACGGCGUAAGAGUCCCACCACAAGGAUGGCAAUGCUCCAAGUGUGAUAAAACAGAAAACCUCUGGAUGAAUUUAUCAGAUGGAACCGUGUUAUGCGGUCGUAAAUUUUUCGAUGGAACAGGGGGUAACAAUCACGCCCUCGAACAUUAUGAAGCUACUGGUUAUCCAUUAGCUGUCAAGUUGGGUACGAUCUCAGGGGAUGGUAAAGCAGAUGUGUAUAGCUAUGCUGAAGACGACAUGGUUGAGGAUCCAUAUCUGAAACAUCAUCUUGCACACUUUGGCAUAAAUAUGGAUGGAAUGAAAAAAACGGAUAAAUCAAUGGCCGAAUUAGAGAUUGACUUAAACCAGCGGGUAGGUGAAUGGGCUUCCAUUCAGGAAACCGGAAAAUCGUUAGUUCCAUUGUUUGGACCGGGUUAUACAGGAUUGACGAACCUUGGCAAUUCGUGCUAUCUUAACAGUGUCAUUCAAGUUCUUUUCACGGUACCUUCAUUUCAAGAACGUUUUUUUAACGACCAAGAUGCCAUCAUUAGUGCUGCUGAUACAAACGCCUUCCAGGAUUUCAAUGUUCAAAUGUCAAAAUUGGCUGUGGGAAUCCUUUCCGGGCGUUAUUCCCUCCCGAUUGACGAUGUAGAAAACCAGCAUCAGCAGGGUAUUAAACCUUCCAUGUUUAAAUCACUAGUCGGUAAGGGUCACCCGGAAUUUUCAACAAAACGACAACAAGACGCCGUGGAAUUUUUACUCCAUAUGAUCAACAUCACAGAGCGGAAUAUGAGAGUUCAUCCCAAGCCUUCAACUAGUCCGGUCGAAAGCUUUAAGUUUCAGGUUGAAGAACGACUACAGUGCCUUGCAUCUGGGCAAGUUCGUUAUACGCGCAGACCUGAAUACCAUUUACCAGUACCUGUUCCACUUGAUACGGCAUCUAACACCGAAGAAGUUCGCCUAUUCAAUGAGCAGAAGAAAGCGGCCAUGGCUGCAGGACAACCAUUCAAAUCGGACGAUGUGGUACGACCAAAAGUUACACUUCAAUCAUGCUUCGAAGCCCUUAUCCGUCCUGAAGAGGUCCAGAAUUUCUACAGCAGUGCCAUCAAUGCAAAAACAACUGCCCUGAAAACAACAAAAUUAGCUACCUUUCCGGACUAUUUGUGGAUUCAGUUGCGAAAGUUCACUUUGGCAGAGGACUGGACGCCAGUAAAAUUAGACGUUGCUGUUGAAAUUCCGCUGGUUAUUGAUCUGUCCUUUAUGAAAGCUGAUGGAAAACAAACUAAUGAAGUUUUGAUGUCCGAUGAAACCAUUGAUCAGCUGGCUUCCAAUUCCGCUGUUGAACCCGCUGCCGAUUUGGCCGUCGUGGAAUCUUUGACUGAAAUGGGAUUCCCGCUGGUUGCAUGCAAGCGUGCAGCUAUUCUCACGCAUGGCGCUGGACUUGAGGCCGCUACCCAGUGGAUCAUGGAACACAUGGACGAUCCAGAUUUCUUGACCCCACUAUUAAAUUCUUCAUCGGGUAUCUUCAAAGCAGAUGAAGAGGGCGUCGCCAUGCUUCAGUCAAUGGGAUUUAGUCGUUCCCAGUGCGUCAAGGCCUUGCAAAAUACAGAUAAUAACGUGGAACGCGCAGCCGACUGGAUAUUUUCUCAUCCCGAUGAGAUAAGCAGCGGCGAUUGCGCACCAGCCCCUUCUGCAACCCCCACCAACGCAUCCGCUCUUUCUGAACCCACAUUUAUAGAUGGCCCACCUGUUUAUGAAUUGGCCGCUUUCAUUUCACACAUGGGGACGUCAACAAGUGUCGGUCACUACGUUUGCCACAUUAAAAGAGAUGGGCGCUGGGUAAUUUACAACGAUGAAAAGGUGGCCGUGUCUGAAAACCCUCCCUUUGAGUUGGGAUAUCUAUAUCUGUACCGUCGAUCACCAUAAACUAAACCUAUGGUAAUCGUCGUUUUUUUUUUGCUUACAAACAUAUCCAAAUGGAUAAGGCAAAUAAUCAUUAAAA